AUGUCCGAUUGGAAAGUUGAUCCAGACAACCGUAGACGUUUGUUGCAGUUACAAAAGAUUGGUGCAAACAAGAAAUGUGUGGACUGUGGUGCUCCUAACCCACAAUGGGCAUCUCCAAAGUUUGGUAUUUUCAUUUGUUUGGAAUGUGCUGGUACACAUAGAAGUUUGGGUGUUCACAUAUCUUUUGUUCGUUCAAUUACUAUGGAUCAGUUCAAGCAAGAAGAGUUAGUUAGAAUGGAAGAAGGUGGAAACGAACCCUUCACUGAGUAUAUGACCGCCCAUGGUAUUGAUAUGACCUUGCCUCAUAAAUUUAAGUACGAGAAUCCAAUCGCUGAGGACUACAAGGAGAAGUUGACAUGUAAAGUUGAAGGCAGAGAAUUUGUUGAGCCACAGCAUCCUGAUUUUGAUCCUAAAUCUUUGGGUAAAUCUGAGCCUGUGUCUGAACCAUCAAUUGCAUCAGAACAAUCAAGUCGACAAAACACCCCGAUCGAGUCAAGACGAAUCGGUUCACCAACACGCAAGGAAAAGAAUGAGGAAUACUUUGCCCAAUUAGGAAAGAAGAACGAUUCCAAGCCAGACCACCUGCCCCCAUCUCAAGGUGGUAAGUACCAGGGUUUUGGUAACACACCUGUUAAUAAUAGAAAUGCAACAGAUCCAAGCACCAAUACAAUGAGUUUGGAAAAUUUACAAACUGAUCCAUUGGGUACUCUCACAAAGGGUUGGGGAUUAUUCUCCUCAGCUGUGGCUAAAUCGUUUGAUGAUGUUAACGAGACAUAUAUCAAACCAAAUGUCCAGCAAUGGAAUACAGGUGAGCUGUCUGAAGAAACUAAGAGAGCUGCCGCGCAAUUUGGACAGAAAUUCCAGGAAACUAGUACUUAUGGGAUGCAGGCAUUUUCCUCGUUUACUAAGAAUAUCCAGAAGCAAUAUAUUAAUGGUGAUGAGAGCUAUUCCCAACUUCCUGCUAGUCAAAAAAACCAAUCUGCUAGUACAUCUCGAGAUGAUUUGCUAGGUGAUACCAAGAAGUCGGUACCAAAAGCAGGCGAAGAUGAGUGGGAAGAAUUCUAA